AUGCACUUCUCCCGCAGAAUGGCCCACGCUAUCACCGAGAUCGUCCUCUUCACUUUCCUCCUGGAUGCCGAUAUCAAGUCAAGUCUUUCCGCCGCGGAUGCUAUUGCCUGCCGACAGGAAGGAGUCCGUGAGAUACAUUGGGGAAGAGUGGAAGGUGACGAGUCAAAGGUUCAGUUUCUUGCGAACUGGGCCGAUAUCAGCUACCAUGAGAAAUAUCAACAAUCCGGCGCCGACUACGCUACCGUGGGCGCGAUCCUAACACCGACCCUUGCGGCAAUGCCCAUUGUUUUCCAUGUUCAUUUGGACCAGGAUGCUCUGAAAAGUGUUCUAGAUGCCUUUAUUGUGGAGGUCGUGACGUUCUAUGACAUAUCCGAGGAGACUGGAAAUCGAAUCCAGAGGGCACUGGAUAGCCCACAUGCCGAAGGCAUUCCGGGCAGGGUAGUGCACGGUGCGGUGGUGGAGGAGCUUACACGGCCCGGGGAAAUGUUUCAGGGAAAGCUUACUUUGCGAUGGCCGGGUUGGAGUCGAGAGAGAGUCAGGAAAGCUCACGCCGUUAUGGAUCGAAUAUUUCAAUAUGCUAUUUGUAUCCUCUUACAUCUCCUCACUCUCACAUCACUGGCCAAAGCCAACUUCUGUCGUUGCCAUCCGGAAGAUCCCUGCUGGCCCUCCAUUAGCGCAUGGAGCAGGUUCAACAACUCCAUCUCUGGACGGCUGAUCGCCACAACCCCGAUCGCUAGUGUCUGUCACACCACCUUCGAAAUAUAUGACAGCCGCGCAUGUGCAGAUCUGCGGUCCAGAUGGUACGAUCCUGCAACACAUUUUGAGUCAGCAUCGUCGCCGAUGGCUUCAUGGUCUACCAACUUCUCUUGUUCGCCAUUUACAGAGCCAAACGCUUCGUGUACUGUUGGCCCGCUGGCUCGAUACGCAGUCAACGUUUCCUCAGCAGUUGACGUGCAGAAGAGCUUGGAGUUUGUGCGCAAAUACAAUAUUCGUCUUGUGAUCCGUAAUACAGGUCAUGACUAUCUAGGCAAGUCGACAGGGGCUGGCUCUCUUGCACUGUGGAUGCACUACUAUAGGUUCACUGAAUAUGUGGACGAAUACAAAUCCACAGGAUACACAGGCCCCGCCAUGCGUAUUGGCGCAGGGGUGCAAGGUGGUGCAGCCAUCAAAGCAGCCUCAGCACACGGAUAUACACUUGUUACUGGAAAUUGCCCAAGCGUUGGUAUGGCAGGCGGAUAUACUCAAGGGGGCGGCCACGGCCAGCUCGCAUCGCGAUUCGGAUUAGCAACUGACCAGGUUCUCGAAUGGGAGAUCGUCACUGCAGCAGGCCAGAUCCUAACAGUUUCACAGACGAAGCAUGGAGAUCUUUUCUGGGCUCUGAGUGGCGGCGGGGGAGGGACUUUUGCUCUAGUGCUUACUGUCACUGUUAGACUGCACCCAGAGUUGGAGACAGCGUCGGCAAUGCUCGAAUUUACUGGAUCUGGUACCGAUAUUGCAGGACCCUUCUGGAGGAUUGUUGCGGGCUUUCUAGUUGAUAUGCUGCCGCUUCUUGAUUCUGGCGGGGUUGUGAUUUGGUAUAUCAAACAUGCUGGUGUCGGGACAGAUCCUGUGUCAGAUCUAUUAACAUUCAGCCUUGCGCCAGCAGUCCUUCCAGGAGGGGAAAAGGAGCAGUUACAGAAGUACAUUGCAUCUACACUUCAGUCUCUCCAGACGCACAACAUAACUUACCACUACAAAAUCAACACAUUCCCAAGUUUUCACGACAGCUAUUCUUACACGACACCAUCCGUUAACAUAAGCGAUAUAUUUUUCGGCGGUCGGUUCAUCCCCCGUUCGACGAUCGAGUCUGGCUUGGAAGGUUUCCUCUCCGCCCUCCGUAGCACGCUUCAGCAUGGUGCCACUGUUUCUGGAUUAUCUCUCAACGUAUCACGAGCUGAGACCGAGCCGCCAUUCGAAAAUUCUGUUAAUCCGGCUUGGCAUGAUCUCCAGCGACAGAUAAAUGUGGAUCGACAGAGGCUUAUGACUCAAGUUCUUGUUCCCGGAUUUGCAGGGGUGGCAGGAUUUGGCAAGACAAAUAGAGAAAGCGCGUACCUUAAUGAGGCAGAUGUCAACGAGCCGGAUUGGCAAUCUGUCUUUUACGGUGAAAAUUAUGAUAGGUUGAAGAUUAUGAAGGAGAAAUAUGACCAAAAUGGAAUUUUCUACGGGAGAACCGGGGUGGGAAGCGAGCAGUGGGAGGAGCGAGCAGAUGGGCGGUUGUGCAGAGUUAGGCAGUGA